GUUCCUUUGCUUAAUAUCAGUCCAAGCUUAAUAUGCAAUUGUUUAUGGCAGGUCUUUUGCUGGUCCUAGUCCUGGAUUACAGCGCCUCCAUUUGGAUAAAGAAAUACAUGGAGAACUACCAUCGCCCGACAUAUUACAAUAAACGGCACAGGGCUAAAGAUCAUGUGGACUACAAUCGUGAGGCCCUCGAGAGGCUGCACAAUGUAAAGCCCAAAAUAAGCCACCGGCCUCCCUUCGAUCCGGAUAGGGACAUAAGUUACUAUGUCCAUGUGUUGCAUCAUGCCUCUGUGAUUUGCUCGGGAGCUUUAAUCUCCUACCGGAUGGUUAUCACUUCGUCGCAUUGCUUUCGAGAUGAUAUGAAAAUGACCGUGUACAGGGCCAGUGAUUUGGGUGUUGUGACGGGCGGUGAGUUUGCGAUGAGUGACCCUCAUGCGGUGAUUGCCUUCUUUAUGCCUGUAAAUGGGAUCAAAAAGAAUAUCACUUCGGUGGCCCUCCUGGGCUUGGAGUCUAAACUUGAUCGGGAAUAUUAUCGCUACAUUAAAAUUUAUCACAAAGUCCCGAAACUGGGAGAUAGAGUAAAAAUUGGCUUUUUGGAUCCACAAGAAUAUCUGGUCAAACAUAUGGAUACUGUGAUCUUGAACUACGAGCGAUGCCAAAGCUACCACGCCCUCAGGAGACUCUUCCGUUUACCUAGCGAAGGAUCAGAUUAUAUCUGUGUGCGCAACAAGCGUAACUCAUUGAGGUCCACCUGCAGCACUCGUCCUGGGGAUCCGCUUCUCGUUGGCAACCAAUUGGCCGCCAUAAAUAUGUUCGGUGAGCACUGCAGCACUGCAAUUGAAACCGUCAACAUGGACAUAUAUCUGCCAAUGCGACCCGUCAUCAAGUUCAUCCAGCUGGCCACGGAUUCUCUGAGGGCAUUCACGCACACGGGUCCAUACAAUACAUCGAUUCCUCGUCCCCCGUCACCUUUGGAAUAGUCCCUUAUCACUCGGAAACCAAAUUUCUAUGUUGGCAAUAAUCUUAACUUUACGGCGAAAAAUGACCAGCUUAAUAUGUCCGAGAUUAAAAAAGAGAACAGCUUGUAGAUUAUAAUUAUAUAUCUAAAAUUGUUGAUAAUACGAUGACCUACUU